AUGAGCUCUCCUGAUGAAGUGUCUUUUCGGGGAACCAAUUUUGGGUCAGAAAGUGGGAGGCACUCGGAAGGACGCCGCUUUGGCCAUGGAUUCCCAAGGGGACACGGUCUAAGCCCUGACAAGAGGCUGGUACGGAGCAGUGAGGACAACACAUGCUUCCCAGUCUCCAAAACUUUCCAGUAUGACUCCUGGCUAGACAGCGAGGAAACGGAGGGACGGUCAGUCAUUUGGGGCUGCGAGGGUCGGCCUGGAACCCCGGUGGAUGAGAAAGGGGACAGUCUGGACUUGGUGCCGCAGAUGACCGUAGAGGGCACACGCUUCGGGCAGCACGUAGUCAACCGGGAGGCCUGGGCUAUCCAUAGACACCCAUCCCCACAAACCUGCACUGCCGAGCCCUUGGGCAUUUGGGGGGACACAGACGCGGGCACGAGCAGGAGAGGCACUCGGCCUCUGACCUCUGUGGAAGGGAAGCAGUACUCAGCUAGUCAACUGCACCCCGGGGGUCUGGGGCAGGACAGAGGCUGGGUGACCCCAAGAAGAGGUGCCCCAAGUAGGCCACCAACGGGUGAUGAGAGUCAAUAUACGUGCUCUGACUACGAGUCUUCUGAUGAGAUGGGUGACAUACAAAUGAUGAGGGUGACCAUUUGCCUCAAAGAAGGAGGCCAGGCCAGGUCCAGUGGCCUCACUGAGCUGGAAGACCCAGCCAGACACACUAAUGUCCAUGGCAGGGAAGGUUAUGUGCAAGUGUCCCCAUCUCUGCUGGCCAUUGCUCCAAGAGGCCACAGCUCAGGCAUAGAAAAGCAGGCUGCAGGAGACCUAGAAGGCUCUUUGUCGAAGAAAAAAGCAAGUACGGUUUGGGGCAAAGAAGGAAGCAGGCCUAGUUACCAAGUAGCUGCUCACGGUGCUGCCGCUGGCCAUGCUGCUGGGGCUGCCGCUGCCACCGCCACCGCCAUGGCCACUGCCUCUCCUGCUGCCCCGGCCCCUGCCCCUUCGGGCGCCUUGCACAGGACCUGUCUUAGAAGGAAGCAAGCCCAGGAGAAGCCAACUCAGUGGGAUGCCCCAAGAGGGCCCCUGGGGAGAACCUUCCCACCAUGGGGCCAGAGACUCAAGUCAGCUCCUGUAGAGCCAGCCACUUUCCCCCCAAUCUCGGGGGUUGCCCUGCUAGGGAAGGCCAGUAAAUGCUCACUGCCUUCGGGGCCCAGAGAGGGCAAGAAAUCUGUGGUAAGGAGGACAAGAGAGACCCAGGCAGGGGACAAGGAAGAUAAUGAGCAAACCAGAGAUCCUGGCCUGCAGGCCCAAGUUCCAACACACAGGGCAGAGCAGCCUUGCGGGUGCAUGCAUCAUGAAGAAACAACUAGUGGAGACGCCAGCACCAGAGCACCCCAAGUUCCAGUUCCAGGAAGCUCACAGCUCUUGUCUUUGAGCCAGAGAAGUGUGAGACCCAGAGCACCUUUUUCUGCUGGUGAGACUCUGGGGUUUGGGAGCAGUGGGGAAAGCUGGGGAGAGGAAAGCAACCCCAGGCUCUGUUCCUUUGGGGGAUUGCAGCCUUUGUUUCUUAGGCUUCCUUGUCUAGCUGGAGAGAGGCAGUAUCCAGCAUCAGUAUCACCGGGUUGCCAACAGUGUCUGAUGCUACAGAAUGAGAUAGAGGAACUGAAGGAACGACUAGCGGUCAUGCAGGCCCUCAAUGAAAAGUUCCAGGAUCUCUGAAGUGAGUGUUGCGCUAUCCAAGGCCCCUGCCACCCUCCUGACUGUUGAGGAAGCCAGGCCUGGCCUGACUCUGGUUUUGCUUGACAGGCUGCACCCAGAGUUCCCGAGGAAGAGGCCAGAGGA